AAUCUGGGCAUAUAUUGCAGUCCGUGGGGUGAAAAAGCCAGAAAUGCCCCUGCCUUAGGCAUUAUUAAUGUUUUGGACUUGUCCAUCCUCUGAACAUGUAUGAUUAAUAGUUGUUCAGCUGUAUUGUAGCAUGCUCAUGCUGUGUGUAUGAAGAAUGGUUUCCUUUUCGUGUUGUUUUAGGAAGUUUGUGAUCACUAAAGAGAACGUAGCGCUGAUGUACCAUCCAGCCUUUCAGCUGGACAAGAGCUAUGGCCCCUACGAUGAGACUACUUGCAUUGACUGGACAACAGACUCAAACAUCUCUGAUCAGCGGAUCGCCGCCAUAGCUAUGAAUUGCAAAGGAGACUGGAUUGGUUUUGGCUGUUCAGGUAGCCAUAUAACUUACAGAUGGGACGCAAAGACGCAGACAAGAUCACCGCCAAACAGUCCUCCAAGGGCAAGUCUUUUACGUCCUUGUGCUACUCAGCUGAUGGCGAGUCCAUUCUGGCUGGUGGCCACUCCAAAUUUGUGUGCAUCUACUGUAUAACAUACGAGAGCAGGUCCUCCUCAAGAAGUUUGAAAUCUCCUGCAACUUGUCUUUGGAUGCCAUGGAGGAGUUCCUGGACAGACGUAAGAUGACGGAGUUUGGCAGUCUGUCCAUGGUGGAUGAAGGGGCUGGUGAUGGAGAUGGAGUUGAGGUCAGCCUACCUGGAGUCAGGAGAGGGGAUAUGAGCUCCCGUCACUUCAAGCCAGAGAUCCGGGUUAGCUCUCUCCACUUCUCUCCUAUUGUUCCUGUGGUGUGCAGCACGUUGCCAGAUGUGUAUGUGGAAAAGCUGCUGGCAUUCGUUGGAGCUACCCUGGAGAAUAGUCGGCACCUUCAGUUCUACUUAACUUGGGCUCAGAGUUUACUCACAAUACAUGGACAGAAACUGAAGAACAGGUCAGGGGCCAUACUUCCCACCAUCCAGUCGUUACAGAAGAGCAUCCAGAGACACCAUGAUGAUCUCUCCAAGCUAUGUGACUGGAACAUUUAUGCCCUGCGCUACGCUGUGGCGCUGUCCAAUCAGAGAGGACUGAAACGAGCAGCAGCUGAUGAGCUGAGUGAGGAAGAGGAGGGUUCAGAGGAGGAAGAUGACCUGAUGAGUGAGCCACUCAUGACAGAAAGUGACCUCCUUUCAUAGCCCACUAGAGGGAGCUCUCACUCAUUCAACUAAAAGACUGUUGGCCAGAGCAGGAGGGCACUCUUACUCUGAAGGUAUCCAGUACCUUGUGAAUAGUAAAACCAGUCACCCAGAGCUGGAAGUGAAGUGGACCACAUAUGAGGGAGCAGAACGAAUUCGACCUUGGUGGAGAGAGGCAAGUCACUUUGACUCAAACCUUCAAACCUGAAGAGUUGUAAGCCAUCAUGUGCAAAAGCCUUAUGUUGAGCCUUUGUUUACUUUGUGAAAAACAAAUCUUGGUUGAUAUACUUACUGUGUCUCAUUAAAA